AGCGCCCGAUGGAGCGGGCGUCGCGGGGUCGGGCCCCUAGUCCUAAAGGGAAACACCAGAAGAAGGUGCCGCCUGCCAUGGAGGAGGAGAGUGAGUCUCAGCCAGGUGCUGCUGAUGCUGCUGCGCCGGAUGCUGAGGAGAACCCAGGUCCCACUGACUCCACAGCCCAGGCGGCUGGUGGCUCUGAGGGGGAGCAGAGGGGCCCUGCGGGGGAGCUGGGCGAGGACGCAGCCUUGACCGGUGAGAAGGAGGAGGAGCAGGCCUUCCUCGUUGGCCUCUACAAAUUCAUGAAGGAACGGCGCACGCCCAUUGAAAGGAUCCCCCACCUCGGCUUUAAGCAGAUUAACCUGUGGAAGAUCUACAAGGCCGUGGAGAAGCUGGGUGCCUACGAGCUGGUCACAGGCAGGCGGCUCUGGAAGAAUGUCUAUGAUGAGCUGGGCGGGAGCCCUGGCAGCACCAGCGCAGCCACCUGCACCCGGCGCCACUAUGAGAGGCUGGUUCUCCCAUAUGUGCGGCACCUGAAGGGCGAGGAUGACAAGCCACUGCCCCCCACCAAGCCCCGGAAGCAAUACAAGGUCUCCAAGGAGCCGCGGGCCAAGAAGGAGAAGAGCCGGCAGCAGAUUCCACUGGAGAAGACAAAGCUGGAUGCUGCCUCCACUCCCCAGCCUGGCAGGGAGGUGGUGCUCGAGCAGAACCAGCCCCGGGAUCCCAGUGAGGUGGCCCAGCCCCCCACCGGCUGCCAUGGCCACUGUGAGGCCCUUGGCUGCUCAGAGGCAUACCAGCGCCUCUUCUCCAGCUUCUACUUCAAAGGCAACCACCCCAUCAUGUCCCCCCUGGCCAAGAAGAAGCUGCUGGCUCAGGUGAGCAAGGCUGAGGCUCUGCACUGCCCUGAGGGCCGUUGCCGCGAGGGCUGGAUGUCAACUGGCCCCUGCCACAGCCCAGACCACAGUGCUGCCAAGCCCCAACGCCGUGAGGAUGGCUGGAGCCCUGGGCCACAGCGGGAUGACACCGUGGACCCAGCCCACUCCUGCCCCCUGAGCACAAAUGAAGGGGCGCUGAGCCCACAGGCUGAAGAAGGGAACCUGGGCCGACGCCUCUCACCGGUGCCCACCACCUUCACUGGCUGCUUCCGGGCCUACCAGGGAGAAGUGCUGAAGCCUAUGAGUUGCCGCCCACUCAGGGCCCCUGCCGGCUUCCCUGAUACCUCCUUCCUCUGCCAGCCUCCCAGCAAGGACCCACACCUGCCUGACCACACACGGAGGGAGCUCAGAGAGCCCCUGGAGGGGACGGGCUUCCGGCAAGGGAGCAAGGCUUUGGCCUUCCCUGCCAGCAAAGCCUGUUGGGUGGCUCCUAGCUUGGCUAGAGUCAGCCCUCAGCCAUCGAAGCCUGGGCAGAGCCUGGGGCUGGGCAAACGUGGGCCAGAAGAUGGUGGCUUUGGCCCUGGGAAGAAGCUGAGGGCCGUGUCCCCGUUUGUCAGGGAGGCAGAGCCACGGGAGGCUUCGCCUGGCCUAGCCAAGCCACAGGCCAUGGCACCUGGCUUUCCCACACUGCUGCCAUCAGCCGGCCCAGAUACCUACACAGGGACGAUGCUGAGGUUUCCACUGAGCUUGGCUGGCUCCAGGGAAUCAUCGCCACUCGCACCAUCCCUCAGUCCCUUUGUCAUCCCAGCCUUCCCAGGCCCUGUGAUCACUGCCCAGACCUCUGAGCUGUGCCGGCCACUGGCGACCAGCCUGGCACACUACCCCACAUCCUAUGACAACUCACAGCGGCACCGCCUCUAUCCUGUUGCCACAUGGCACAGCCAGCCUUCCUAUGCCUCCCCCCACGGUUUCCACCGCCCCACCAAACUGUAGCCUCUGGCCAGGAUGUUCUGGGCCAGGACAUAGGGGCUUGCUGUGAUGUACCAGGCCACCUGGGAACAUGUGAUUCACCCACAUAGGCUGCACCAUGGCUAUGGAUCCCACAGUCAUGUAUGACAAAGGGCCAAGGGAAAGCAUCACAUAAUCCGGACCUUGGGACCAUGGAACUGUUGGGAUCAGACGCUGUCCCCCUUGACAGGGCUCUUGUAGCAAUGUGUUAUGGGAAGGGGCUUUACAUAAAGUUAGAGCAUGUUGGAGGGGUCUCACAAUCAUACUGUGGACUUCGGUGAUAAACCUGCCUGAGAGGAAGAGAGCCUCUGGGGUCUCCUGGCUCUUGGGAGCCAGUGCAGGAGAGGGAAAGGAAAGGGGACCUGUGGCUAAAUCAAGUUGGGUAUCCGAGUGUGUGUCUGAGUAGGCAAGUGUGCGACACUGGUAAGUAUGACUGAGUGAGUGUGUGAUGGAUUGAAUGUGUGCGUGCAUAUUGUGCGACUGCGUGUUUGUCAGUGUGUGAUACACCGAAUAUGCGUGUGUGCAUGAUGGACCGAUCACAGGUAUGUCUGCAUAUAUGAUAGUGCAUGUAAGUGUGUGAUGGACUGAAUGUGUCUGUGUGACUGUUUAUGAGCAUGUGAUGGAGCGAAUGUGCAUGUGACUGCAAGGGCAGGAUUGUGCAUAUGUAUCGUGCAUGACUGCAUGUUUGAGUGUGAUGGAUUGAGUAUGCGUUUAUCUGUACGACUGCAUGUUUGUGAGGGUGUGACAGAUUGAAUGUGUGGGUCUUUGAGCAUGUAUAUCAGUGUGUGUGACAGGGUCAGGGUCAGGAUCAGGCCCUUUCAAAGGAGGCGGGCGCUCCUAUAUCAUAUUGUCUGCAAUAUAACACACACCUUGGUUUUGAAAGCCAGAGCAAAGAAUAAAAGAUUUUUUCUUGUAAUGAG